UUUCCCCAGAAACCAUCAUAACCAUUUCCUCCACUCCAGCCAUCACUACUUCUCUCGAACGCAUCCUAUCACGCUGGAAGCCAACCGAAAUCAUCUUGAGAUCAACACAAUAUGGUUGUUUGCACCUACUUCUUGAAGGGAUCUUGCAAAUUUGGCAACACGUGCAGGAACUCUCACGUGGUAGACGGGGCCAACAAGACAGCAAAUACUAGUGCUUUGCCCGGACCUGAUAGCUUCGAAACGAUUUCCCGGACAAUGCAAGAUGACCUGACGACCGAAAGACCGCUGUAUUACCUCUCGGUCUACUCCCCACACAAAUCUGCAAUCAAUAUGAUCGAUGGCACCGAUGUGUCACCCGAAGAACUGCGUUUUCAAGCUUACCAAGCUCGAGCUAAUAAUACCACAUCCCAAUAUGUUGCCCAUGAAAGCCAACUUCUGCAGCAGAUGGAUUCAGUAAUCAAAACGGUCACCCAAAACUGUAAGGAAUCUUACAAGCAUUUUUACCACACCCAGCUGCCAUUAAACCACCCGAGUUCGACUUUCCGCAAGCCAACCCCUGGGGUGACGUCAUUCGGUGGGAGUGGGUUUGGUUCAAACAACCAACCCACAGCAUUUGGCCAAGCUGGCUCGGGCUUUGGUGGCCCCUCUACAGGCGCCUUCGGAGCCUUCGGCUCCCAGGCCGCCAAUCCGACCGUGUCUGCGUUUGGACAACCGUCUUCUGUCAGACCGACGAUAAGUGCCUUUGGCCAGCAGACCUCAGCAUUCGCUACUCAACCCUCCGCACAGCCCGGCACAGCCACCGCUUUUGGCAAGCCAUCUGCUUUCGGCUCACCCGCACCCGUCGCAUCUGCUUUCGGGGCUCCAUCGGCGCCUUCUGCGUUUGGCCAGCCUUCUCAGUUCGGAACAGCUUCUGCCUUCGGCGCGGCCUCCUCUCAGCCGACAACUGCCUUUGGGACAUCCCCUCAGCCGACUGGUGCGACCGCGUUUGGGUCGACCCCUCAGCCGACUGGUACGAAUGCCUUUGGGACGAAUACUCAGUCGACUGGUACGACUGCCUUUGGGACGCCCGCUCAGCCAGUGGCUGCAACGGCCUUUGGGGCGGUCUCUCAGCCGAGUGGCGCGACAGCCUUUGGAUCGAAUGUCCAAUCCGCACCCACCAAUUCAGCCGGCGCCUUCGGCCAAACAUCCCUCAACAAUACUUCCACUGCGUUUGGUCAGCCUGCCAAUCAGGCCACAAGUUUCGGCCAAUCAUCUGCAUUCGGCCAGCCUCAAACCCCCAACGCCUUUGGAAAACCAUCGGCAUUCGGCCAGUCAGCUUUCGGAAAACCGUCGGCUUUCGGCCAGUCUCCAUUUGGUCAAUCGGCCGCCUUCGGCACCCCGGUUGCUAAUCCGUCCGCAACUCCUGCUGCGACCACUGCCUUCGGACAAUCAUCAGGCUUUGGUGGAUCGUCUGCGCCUUUUAGCCAAGCCACACCAUCCAUGACUACGCCGCCUAACAAUCAAGCCAACACCAGUAGCGGUGGCGGGGGAGGAGGCUUUGCUGCCUUUGCCGGCGCGGCAAACCCUUCGAUGGCCACCAGUUUUACGAAUAAUCAAGCCGCUACAACUCCACCCGGUCCUGCGGAAGAUAGCAAGCCGAUUGUCUCUGCUUUCGGCCAGCCGAUGACUCCCUCUAAACCCUCCGCCUUGCCCAACACUUCUUCUUUCUUUGGCUCCGCUAAUCAGGUCGCUUCUAGCAGCAAUCCGAAUCCAUCGUCGUCGGUUGGCGACCGGGCCCCUGAGAAAUUCAAACUCCUCGACCCCUUCUGGCAGGAUGCUCCUACCGAAGCCGACCUUUCGCCCGCCCUUCUCGAGGCGUUUAGGGCCGAAUUCUUCGCCUGGGACUUCAUUCCUGACGUCCCUCCUCCUAUCACUUUGCGUUGACUCCCAACAUUUCUUCAAAAAAAAAAAAAAACGUCUUUCGAAUUUGUUUUUGUUUCAUACUUCUUUCUGUUCAUCUACUCUCACUAUUUUAGACCUUUAUUUC